AAAAAAUGAAAAAGACCAUUGCCCUCCGUAUCCUCUCUAUAUAUUCAACAGAAGCAAAGAGCCCAUAGAAUCUCUCUCACGCACACAGAGAGAAAUCACAGAGUGGGGCGACCUGAUCAUUGGGAACACAGAUAGCUAGGCCUAGGUACGCAUGGCUAAAAGAAUAAACAUGGCUAUUCUAUUUGCUUCUGUGGCAAUAGUGACAGCAGGGUUAUCAGUCAAAGGCGCAGAGGCAGCAGUAUUUGUGGUAGGAGACACUUUCGGUUGGCAAAUCCCUACCAACUCCACUUUCUACUCGUCUUGGGCUUCCUCUCACAAUUUCAGCGUUGGUGACACUCUCUUAUUCAACUUCACCACAGGAGUACACGAUGUCGCCAACGUUACGCUGGACGCUUAUACCAACUGUAACGCUAGCAAUACCCUCACUGUUAUAAACACUGGUCCAGCAAACGUUCCUCUCACUGCCACGGGUAUGCACUAUUAUAUUUGCACUUUUCCUGGGCACUGCUCUAGCGGCCAAAAAUUAGCUGUUAAUGUUGGUGGCUCCACAUCCUCUACCCCCUCGCCGCCUGGCACCACUACCAAUCCACCGCCGCCUGGCACCACUGCCAAUCCACCGCCGCCUGGCACCACUGCCAAUCCACCACCUCCACCACCACCACCACCACCACCUGGCAGCUCAGCCACCUCAACUAACGCUGAUAGUGUUGCUUUGAUGUGGAUGUCCAUAGCCCUGGGUUUCAUGUUCAUCUAACAGUUUUUAUGUAUAUGAUUUAUGUAUGAUAAUGGCUUGCACUUCUUCCGUGGACCAUUAUUCAUUUGAUGGUGAUUGAGUGGCUGAUAAUUUGUAUUUGAAUAAAACAAUUUCAUUUCCAGCUUAA